AUGCCGACGUCCAAACAUGGAAUCGAGGCUACUAUGGACUAUCUUGUACCGUAUAUUGAUCGCCAUUUUGAAGCCCAGUCCAGCAAUACAACCAAACGGCCAUUCAUUUUCGGGCUGACAGGCCUUCAAGGAAGCGGCAAAUCAACAUGGACCGACGCAUUUGUGAAACGACUGAACGACAAGCACAAUUACCACACCAUAAACCUGUCACUCGAUGAUCUGUACCUCGACCACGAUGACCUCGUCAAUCUUCGCCUGCCAAUCCACACAACAAACUUUGGCUCCGAAGUCCUCAUUCCGUCAUUUGACAAGAGCAAGUUCAAUGGAGAAGGCGGAAGAGCACCAAAAGAGACGUGGCAACGCGUUCCAGCAGGAACACAGAUUGAUGUUGUUAUAUUUGAAGGGUGGUGUGUUGGGUUCAAGCCGCUGGAUGAGGCUGCUAUCCGACAGAAGUGGGAGGAAGGAUUACGACAAGAAGCAAUUGCCGGGUAUCCGACCAAAACGUUGAAGGAGCAUGCACUUCAGCACUUGCUAGGAGUAAAUGAGAAGCUGCGUCAAUACUGUGAUCAAUUUAUGGGACCACAGCAUUUGGACUUUGUUUUCCAUUUAGAUACAUUGAGUUUGGUCAAUGUGUAUGAAUGGAGAAUGCAGCAGGAACACGCUCUUCUUGAGCGGACGGGCGAAAGUAUGACGGAUGAAGAAGUUGUUCGGUUUGUGAGAGGGUAUAUGCCGGCGUACGAGCUGUAUCUGGAUCAGAUGUGGGAUCAAUUGCAACAAGGAUUCUUCGAUGAGAAAAGCAAGGGCCGGGUGCGAGUCUUUUUGGAUCUGGAUAGAGAUAUACAAGACUUUCUUGUGUACGUUUCGUAA